AUGUGUGUGACCUGUGACCUCAGCAUGUGCGCGGACACUUCCUCUACAAUGAAUUAUCUAGCCCUCAAAGACGUGAGAGAUCUGAAGGGUGAAACAACCCUUGACGAAAAGCUCUUUUUACUGGCUUGUGAGAAAGGCGACUGCUAUAUGGUGAGCAGGCUGCUGGAGCAGAGGCACAGCAUUGGGUUGAAUAUUGACUGCGUGGACGUGCUGGGCCGCAGCGCCAUCGCCCUCUCCAUCGAGAACGAGAACCUGGAUGUGCUUCGGCUGCUGCUGGAGCAUGGCUGUGAGACCACAGAUGCGCUCCUGGUUGCGAUCGACUCGGGGGUGGUGGGCGCCGUCGACAUACUCCUCAACCAUCGUCCCCGGAGGUCCUCCAAGCUCUCCAUUGCGAAACUCAUGCGGCGCAUUCAGAACCCGGAGUACUCCACCACGAUGGACAUCACCCCGGUCAUCCGAGCCGCCCACCGCAACAACUAUGAGAUCCUGGCCAUGCUGCUGAAGCAGGACAUCUCACUGCCGCGGCCGCACGCAGCCGGCUGUGACUGUGAGCAGUGCCACACCAAGAACAAGAACGACAGCCUGCGCCACUCCAGGUUUCGCCUGGAUAUCUACCGCUGCCUGUCGAGCCCCUCCCUGAUCAUGCUGACGGAGGAGGACCCCAUUCUGAGAGCGUUUGAGCUGAGCGCUGACCUGAAGGAGCUCAGCCUGGUGGAGGUGGAGUUUAGGAAUGAGUAUGAGGAGCUGGCCCAGCAGUGCAAGACCUUCGCCAAAGACCUGCUGGCCCAGGCGCGAAACUCCCGGGAGUUGGCCACCAUCCUGAACCACAGGUCCGGCGAGACCCAGGGGGACAAGGAGGAGGGUGCGCCCGAGGAGAGCGCCAGCCUCAGCAACCUCAAACUGGCCAUCCAGUACAACCAGAAAGAGUUCGUGGCCCAGUCCAGCUGCCAGCAGUUCCUCAACACGCUGUGGUUCGGGGAGGCGUCCGGGUACCGCCGCAGACACCCGUGCCUGAAGCUGCUGACGCUGCUGGGCGUGGCCGCACUCUGGCCGCUCCUGUCCGCCUGCUACCUGCUGGCCCCCUGCUCCCGGCUGGGCCGGAUCAUCCGCGCCCCCUUCGUCAAGUUCGUCGUCCACGCCGCCUCCUACUUCACCUUCCUGCUGCUGCUCAACCUCUGCUCGCUGGUCUACAACAGCGAUGAGAGGCGCUGCGCUGGCCCCGCCCUGGAGACCAUCGACUACCUGCUCAUCCUGUGGAUCUGCGGGAUGGUCUGGGCAGACAUGAAGAGGCUGUGGCACGAGGGGCCGGACAAAUUCAUGUCGCAGUCGCGCAACCAGCUGAGCUUCAUGAUGACCUCCCUCUACCUGUCCACCUUCGCCCUCAAACUGGUGGCACACAGCAAGUUUAAAAGUGUGGAAGACAUGGAUCAGAGGAAGAACUGGGAUGCGUUCCACCCCCUUCUUGUGGCUGAGGGUCUGUUCGCGUUCGCCAAUGUGCUCAGUUACCUGCGCCUCUUCUUCAUGUACACCACCAGCUCCACCCUGGGACCACUACAGAUAUCAAUGGGCCAAAUGCUCCAGGAGUUUGGGAGGUUUCUGAGCCUCUUCCUGCUGGUGCUGGUCUCCUUCACAAUUGGGCUGACCCAGCUGUAUGGCAGGAACCAGGGCACCCCCACGGGGGGCGUGGAGGAGGAUUGUGAGGACCCCUCCUGCAACAAUGAUGCCUUCAACUCGUUCCUGGGCACGUGCUACGCCCUCUUCUGGUACAUCUUCUCCCUGGCCCACGUGGCGCUCUUCGUGACGCGGGUCAGCUAUACCGAGGACCUGCGCUCCUUUGUGGGCGCUCUCAUCGUGGGCACCUACAACGUGGUGGUGGUGAUCGUCCUCACAAAGCUGCUGGUGGCCAUGCUGCAAAAGAGCUUCCAGCAGAUUGUGAACCACGAGGACCAGGAGUGGAAGUUCGCCCGGGCCAAGCUGUGGCUGAGCUACUCUGAUGACAAGUGCACUCUCCCGCCUCCCUUCAACCUCCUCCCUCCCCCGAAAACGGUCUGGUGCUUCCUGACCAGCCUGGGCAGGUGGAUCUGCUCAUUCACCUCCACCGGCAGGAUCAAUAGGGAGACCAGCCUCAGGGAGAGCAGGACGAGGAAGCAACAGCGAGAUGAGAGCUACCAGAAGACUAUGUGCUGCCUGGUGCACCGCUACCUGACCUCCAGCCGGCGGCGGUCGCACAGCACGGAGCAGGCCACCGUGGAGAGCCUGGGGGACCUGCGGCAGGACCUCUCAAAGUUCCGCAACGAGAUGAGGGACCUCAUGGGCUUUGGCACCUCCAAGCAUGCCACGUUUAAGCCCAGAAGCUAACUCCUCUCCCCCUCAUCCAAACAAAUUUUUUUUCUUCCUGGAACAAAAAUUAGCCAUUUAUAGUGUGCUUCCAACUUACUUAUCCAUUCCACUAGAAGUAGUAGCCCUUGAAAUAGUAGUGUCCUUCACUGAAUUUUUGAAAUGAACCUCGCAGUACCAGGUGGCACCACUA